UUGAAUGAAAGUUGGAAAAUAAAGUUGUUUAAAGGAAAUAAAUCAGAUAAAAACUGUUUACUGUUAGAAGUCACAAACAUCUUUAAAGCUCCUGAAUGUGGAUUUAUCAGAACAUUUAACUAUAGAUGCUUUUCUGACCCUGCAGUAAUUCUGAUCUGUAUAAAGUACUAACACAUAUAUAAAGACAAUACAUCAUGUUGUUCAACUGUAUUCUGACCAGUGACAUAAAGUGGUGCUAAAGACAGUUUUCUUAGACACGUGUUUAAGUAGAAUUACAUGAUUUAUCAUCCAAGAAGGUAGAUGUUGUUUUUUCCUUCCCCUUUAUUAUUCAUAAAUAGUUUUUAUGGGAAACAUGGGACUCGUUUGCUUUGAAUAUUCAAAUGAUAAAAUAUUCAAAUGUAGCAGUUAUUUAGAGAUCUGUGUCUGAAACACAUCAACAUUUGACUGAGGACAGUUUUCAGCAGAGCAGCAAGAAAAAAACAUCCAGUUCAACAAGGUAAAAAACAAUUCAAUGUAAGUCUCCUUUCAUUGUAUCUAGUUAAGUUUCCAUCUUACUUAUAAAUUCAUAUAUAUUCAGUUUCUAACAUCAUAGCAGCAUUUUUAUUUUUGGUAAUGUUUGUCUUCAGCUCCUCUUCUCUCCCAGCAUUGUUUCUCUGUUCAGUGGAUGGAGCGCUGCAGGUUUUCAGACCUUGAUAUGAAGUGUUUAAAUAUGUUCUUCAUCCAACAGAGACGAACUGUUGGAGGAAAAUAAUUCAUCAGACAACAAAGAUGCAGUGGAGUCUGAUUCUGCUCUUUCUGAUGGGUCAGUGUUGUUUCAGCGACUGUCAGCUCUAUGAGUAUCUCUACAUUAAAGAGAACAAGAACUGGACUGAAGCUCAGCAGUACUGCAGAGAGAAACACACUGACCUGGCCACAGUGUCUAAGAUGAGAGACAUGAAGAGACUCCUCAACAUCUCAGCAGGAGGUCAGAGGGAUGUUUGGAUUGGUCUGUAUGAUCCAAAAGAUGUCAACAGAACAUGGUACUGGUCUCUGCCUGGAGUGGAGUUCAUUGAAAGUGAGACAAACUGGAACACAGGAGAACCGACUGAUAAAGGAAAUCCAACAUCUGAGAACUGUGGAUUUCUGUAUAAAAAUCUCACAUGGGCAGAUACUGGUUGUCAACAUGACAGAUAUUUCCUCUGCUACGAUGGUGAGAAUAUUGAUCUACUUCUCAAUGAUUUUUAUGUAUAUUCAAACUGA